AUGGACACGCUGAUGGACUCUACGUCAACUACCGAGGGACAGUCCUCGCAGGUACAGCGACAAGUCCGGUUGCGACUGACAUCGCGCCAUGCUGAUCUCACAUUGCCCGAGUCGACUGGUCCUAUUCUUGUUCCUACAGAGCUCCGACGAUAUGCCCUAUCUACACUUGUGAAUAACCUGCUUGAAUUGCCGAAACCAGUGCCCUUUGAAUUUUUGAUCAAUGGGCGCUACCUCCGAACUUCGAUAGACGAAUACCUUACUGCUAAUGGCAUCUCUGCUGAAACAAUUCUUGAUGUCGAAUAUGUUCGAGCUCUCAUACCCCCACUCCAUGUCGCUUCCUUUUUGCACGACGAUUGGGUCAGCGCCGUUGACGUUUUGUCUGGGACAUCUCACGCUGCACAAUGGAGUGGCAAGCAGAUACAGGCAGGAAGAGAGAGGAUAUUAUCCGGUAGCUAUGAUGGGCUGCUAAGGAUGUGGAAUAUGUCUGGAGAAACAAUCGCUGUUUCUCCAUCCGCUGGGAAUGGCGGACACAACUCAUCUAUAAAGGGCGCUAGAAUGGUCUCCCCAAACCAGAUUGUGUCAUGCGGAAUUGACCGAACUGUGCGAUUAUGGAAGUAUAACGAGAGUGAAGAUGGAUUUUCUGCCACAAUCAUUCCUCAGAUUGAGUACUAUGGACACAAGGGUAGCGUUGAUUCUAUUGCGGUCCACGGCCCAUCGAACAGGAUGCUCUCCGCCUCUGCCGAUAACACCGUUGGGUUUUGGUCUACAAAGAAAUCCGAAUGCCCCGAGGCACCCUCGGAUCUAUUGCCCUCCAGUGCUGCAAGAAGCACCAAACGGCGAAAGGUCAAGUCCUCCGUCAGUACGCCCCAGCGGGGACCACUGGCGCUGUUUGAAUCGCAUACGGCACCCGUGUCGGCGGCCAUAUUCGACGCCAAGGAUUCGACUGUUGGGUAUUCAGCUUCAUGGGAUCACUCACUUCGUACCUGGGACCUGGUCACUUCUGCUCUUGUUGAUACGCGAACUACUUCUUACUCUCUUCUAUGCGUUGAACACCUUCCGCAGCUCACACUGCUUGCUGCUGGUACCGCUGCUCGGCAUAUUACCUUGAUUGAUCCUCGUGACUCGGCCACGACUGUUUCUGCUAUGACAUUGAGAGGGCAUACCAAUAUCGUUGUUUCAUUAGCUCGGGAUCCCAACAGCCAAUACGGGCUUAUCAGUGGCAGCCAUGACGGUACAUGCAGAAUAUGGGAUAUACGGUCCACCAAGACGGAGAAAGAUGGAGUAGUUGGAGAAAGCAUAUACACUAUAUCGAGAAAGUCAGUCGAAGAUGAAGGAAAACGAGUGGGUGGUGAUGGCGUCAAAGUGUUUGAUGUCUGCUGGGAUAAGACUGUCGGAAUAACCAGUGUUGGCGAGGAUAAGGCGAUCCAAAUCAACCGGGGAGAGGGUAUACUCCAGAAGGACAUGGUAUCAAAAUAA